AUCUAAGAUCUUGACAAAUAUAUAAAAUUCAAGCUUCUAAUUGUGAUAUAUGUCUGAACAUUGCAAGGAAUACUUCAUUUACUGUAUUAGUUUAAAAUGGCUUCAAAGCUCACUCAGUCCUUCGAAGACUCAGUGGUAAUUGCAUCAGAUUUAAUCCAUGACUUUGUCUGCUCUCCUUGUAAAGAAGAUGAGCUAAACACUGAGGCCAAGUAUUUCUGUGAGGACUGUUCGGAAUACUACUGUGACAAGUGCCUAACAUUUCACUUCAAAAUCCACAAACAGCACGUUGUAUUGGGCCGUGAGGAUGUGGACAAGUGGGCAAGGCAAGGUGACACCCUCAUUUCAUGUGACCUUCACCCUAAAAUGGUCAUUAAACUUCUGUGUGUGGACCAUGCUAAAAUGUGCUGCCAACUCUGUGAGACUUUAAAUCACAGGAAUUGCUAAAACAUCAGCUAUAUCUCGGACCUGGCUAGGGGUAUACACAACAUGGCUAACUUCAAACAACUUCCAUCUAAGGUUGCCCAGGUAACAGCAAACCUUAAUCAUGUCAGAGAAGUCAGAAUAAAGGACCAAAGCUCCUUGAAGACAU